AUGGCCUCAAACGCGACUAUCUCCACGGUAACUACGAGCUCUAGCAGUGUUCUUCUGGUGUCAAGCCCGUUGUCAGGAGCGAUAAACCUUGUUUGGCCGACGCCUGAUUGCUUAGUCAUGGUGGUGGGAUCAAAGAGCAUGAAGGAUACUUCUUCCCUUACUGGCACAGAAGUCGUGCUUGUCAUCGUCUUGUUCGGGAUUGCUGUCCUCCUGCUCAUGUUGUUGGCCAACCGGAUACGAAGCUAUGUCUACCGAGAGGAGGUGAGUACGUGUGGAAUCUGUACCGAGGCGUCUGGCCAGUUGUGA